CCAGGCUUCAGGCUCACUUGCUCUCCUGUACGUAUUCAACUUCGCUCAUACUUGCUCAAAGAACCUUUCUAAUUUGCAUUUCCUUACUGAUUGCAAACCACUUAAUUCGCCCUGCGUGCUAAUCAAAAAUAUCCCACAUUCACAUCGACUUUCCUCUUCCACGCAAAACACGACACAAGGCGCCACAAAGGAUACGUGGAGACGCUAGUCUCAAACACCAAGCAUGGCAUCUCACUUGCCACCUCAUCUCCAGAUCUUCACGCCGGAUCGAGCUCCGAAUCAGGAUUCCAAGUUUCAUCUCUUCCCUCUGCUUCCAAAAGAGCUACGCCAAAAGAUAUGGACGCAUGCGCUAGAUCGCCGGCGCAUCAUUCACCUAACCCUCCAUGAUACGGUUUACUCACAUCAAACGAAUGACGAUGUAGAAGGAACCACGACAUUUCCAGAGAAUGGCGAAACCUUCUGGCCGACUGCUGAUGGACAUCAAACUAUGAGCAAGUUAUUUCGCGUUAACAGUGACUCCAGACAAGCAGCCUUGAUGUUUUACCGCGUCCGCCUUCCGUGUAAGCUCAGGACCACUGGAGGACUCAUGAAAUGGGGGAUCCUUUACUUCAAUCCUGAACUUGACUUUCUUCGCAUCACGCCGAUAUUCUUGGUAAAGGACACUUUGUUCAAUUUUAUGUACCAUCUGAAGACCACGUACGAUCCCUACGGUGUUGGUCUCCUCAAUCUGGUAAUCACGGGGAACGACUUGACAGGCAAUGACUUCCGCCUUAUAGACCCAUCAGAUAUAGAUAGAGGAUCUAAGGUGGCUUUCACACAGAUUAUGACGAAUCUUCGCCAAGUCAUCUUCUACUCGGCAAUCCGAGUAGGCCGCCAGAUCCUAGGCUUCCAUAACGGGGUACCUACUUCAGAAAUAGUCUACAACCGGUCGUUUCCCAUCGAAGCCAAAGUACCAACGUUUGAGCGUCUACCCCGCGAUCCACGCACUAUUGGUCAAGACCUGAAGCACGUCUUUAUCGGCAUGAAUGAGAAUCGAAGUCAGAUACUCGUCUGGUAUCAAAUGCUGAAGGCAUGGGGCAUCUCCGCUCCUCAAAUCCAGUACAAGUGGCAUAUAGCAUUUCAACCACCGGAGUCGGAGCAUGUUCUAGAUUGCGCUUCAGCAAAUGCGUUCAUGCAGAAAGAAGAAGACAGAUGGAAUGGAGUUGAGCAGCCCGUACAUCCCAUGUUUGAAAGCAUUCGAGCUUCUGGCUACAAGUUCCCCGUCGGAGCGGAGAGCGAGAAAUACAAGGAUGAAGAUCUGGAGACCGCUGUAAAACCUGCCUUUGGCUUUUGGCUGUUUCCCGUUGAUGUGCUUGGGCCAGUGUAUGAAGAGGGAGUUUCUGAGGAGCAGGGCUUCAGACGCCCUGAGAUGCCACCAGUGUUAUGGGACUUUUCAGAGAAUUGGCCAGAGCUUUGGGUGGCGAACUUGCCGGACGGGGUUCCAAACGUUAGGGGAUUGGAUGACGGGCGUUGAGGAUGUCAGUUGAAGAUAUGAUCAAGCUAAAGGUUUCAAAAUCAAUAGCAAGUCAACGUCACUUCAAACAGUUACAUCCUGUAAUGAUGGAGGCCUGAUGACACUUAAGAUUAAUGCACGGGAUUUGUUUGCCGGAAACUUGAUACCCAACAUUGAUUAAAUAGGAGUUGCUAUUGUCUGCGCAGUCAAAGGCUCUACCGAUUGUGCCAUUGGCGUAGGCAUCGAUAAUAUUUUGCACAACGCCAUACGUGCCACCAAUAGUCAUAAACACGCCGAGCAGAAUCAAGAGCCAGUGCAACCAGUAAAUAAUAACUUGCUUCCAGUUGCCGGUGCGGUAAUAUCCAUGAUCGUGGAUCCAGAGGUAUCCGGGCAGCCCGAGAGCAAGUGGCCCAAACCCCAGCGUGCCGGCAAGGGCGACCAAAUAAUUGUAAAUGGGGAUGCCUGACGCAAUAAGAAACGAAACUACAGCCGUUCCAAACGUACAGGCGAACCAAGUGCACCAGUGCGUCCACGAGUUCUUUUGAAGAUGGUCCGAGCCUCGAAGGACGCGCACGAAAAGGUACUUGGCCGCCGUGUGGCAGUACAGCAUGCCGCUCACAAUCAGUCCAGUUAUACCAACACCAUAUGCCACCUUCUUGACAACAUAUCCCGCGCUGCCGAGAGACGGAGACGCAACCCACUGGCCACACCACCGGUAAACCACGAGGGAAAAGGUCAGAUACGAGGCCGUCACGACGCCCAUGCAAAGGCCGAUGUUCCAGCGCCGGCGCAAAAUAUGGUGGCCGCAGACGUGAUGCCUUCAGCAAAGGUCGGGUAGCCAAUGACAUGGAAGCCGAGCUCGAAAUCGCCAGUUUGGGGUGCCGCCGCAGGACGAUCCAGCGUUGUUACGCUGACGCUUAAAAUGGAACUGUCAGUUAAAGACUCAAUUGAGCAAUGAAACGAGUUGGCGUUGACCUACACAACGAUAAAGACAGCGAUGUAAACGGAGAGAAACCCUGCCCAAGUCAACCACGCAAUCUUCUCAAACUUGCGGACACAGCUCAUAAGGAAGAUAAUAAUAGUGGCCACGAUCAUGAACGAGUUUGUGCAGGUAGCAUGGUUCGACAAGGCAUUGAGCGCCACCGAGGUGCCAACAAUACCGGUUGCGCACACAAUAAGAUAUGUGACUAGGAAGAUACCUCCCGUCACCUCUUUAAGCCAGGUACCGCCCAUAACGUAGGACAUGUCGGCAAUGGAAUGGCAGCCUGCGUGCGAGUUUCUGAAAUUGCCCUGCACAAUGGCACAAUAGGUGUUGAGGAGCUGCCAUCCCACGACAUUAAUGGCUCCCGGGGCCGCCCCUAGGACGAACAUGGCCGAUGGAAUAGUCAAGACACCGGUAGCGAAAAUCAAUUUGAGGAAGAUGAUAGAAGCAUGAAUCCAACCUUGGUUGGCAAAUUAGCGUUUUUGUUGUUGCGUGAUCAAGCACAUGUUAUUUUAUGAAAACUUACCAACUGUUCGAAAAUUGACACUGCCCUCGCGGGUCUUGAAGAUCUCAAAGGAGUCGUUAUUUUCCAUCUUGGCUUCUUGGGUGCUGUGUCUGCUACAGGUUGGGGCUGUGACCACAGCAUUGGUCUUUUUAGCAUCGGACAUGGUGGCAAUGACUUGGACGAAUGGAUGCUGAAUUGCAAAAUGUUCAAUCACAGGUUGCGUUUACGGUGGCAUGCGCCGUCGACGUGUUGAGACGAAUUGUUGGAGGCUGGUAUGUCAAUAUAUAUAAGUCGAGUACAAGGCUGCCUUGCAUUUUACUCAGUAAACCCAGACGGAAGAUGACGAUCCGCCUCUAUGAUCUCAGAGCAAGAUAACGAAGGUGGGUGGAGAACUUGGGGGCUAUUACAAACUCCAACACAGGUAGCUCUUUGUGCGUGAGAUCCUUGGAGCUUAUUAUUGUCCUGGAGCCACUCGAGUAGCUGAGAUUCUGUGACUGCAGCUUCGGAAUCAAAGCAGGCACGCAGAAGACUCUCGUUAAGGAGAUUAAGGGGGCAGAUGAUGGGAGAACCUUGCAGUUAACGCUAGCUAGUGUGAACCAAACAGGUGAUCGUCGCUAGCGGCGAUUGUCAAGCCCGGGCUUUCACCGCUUGUUACGUCGUUAGGUGCUGAUUAGUAGCUAAAUAGCUGCCUUUACUGUAUACGAUAUAUAUCAAUAUAUUCCGUUUCCCG